CGCCGCCGAGCCAGUACCGAGCGAGCCGUGCGCCACCGGCCUGAUGGAGCGCCCGCAGCCAGACAGCAUGCCCCAGGAUUUGUCAGAGGCCCUGAAGGAGGCCACCAAGGAGGUGCACACCCAGGCAGAGAAUGCCGAGUUCAUGAGGAACUUUCAGAAGGGCCAGGUGACCCGAGAGGGCUUUAAGCUGGUGAUGGCCUCCUUGUACCACAUCUAUGUGGCCCUGGAGGAGGAGAUUGAACGCAACAAGGAGAACCCCGUCUACAUGCCCCUCUACUUCCCGGAAGAGCUGCACCGCAGAGCCAUGCUGGAGCAGGACAUGGCCUUCUGGUACGGGGCCCACUGGCAGGAGACCAUCCCCUACACUGCAGCCACUCGGAGCUAUGUGAGGCGGCUCCACGAGGUGGGACGCGUGGAGCCUGAGCUGUUGGUGGCCCAUGCCUACACCCGCUACCUAGGUGACCUGUCUGGGGGCCAGGUCCUCAAAAAGAUCGCACAAAAGGCCCUGGACCUGCCCAGCUCCGGCGAAGGCCUGGCCUUCUUCACUUUCCCCAACAUCGCCAGCGCCACCAAGUUCAAGCAACUCUACCGCUCCCGCAUGAACUCGCUGGAGAUGAGCCCCGAGGUGCGGCAGAGGGUCAUCAAAGAGGCCAAGUCUGCCUUCCUGCUCAACAUUCAGCUGUUUGAGGAGCUGCAGGGGUUGCUGACCCAGGACACCACAGACCAGAGCCCCUCUGCCACACCAGGGCUUCACAGGAGGGAAAGUCGCAGGGUGCAAGAGCCCACUGCCCCCGAGACACCCAGAGGGAAGCCCAAGCUGAACAUCCUCUCCCAGGCUCCACUCAUCCGAUGGGUCCUCACACUUAGCUUUCUAGUGGCAACGGUGGCCGUGGGGCUGUAUGCCAUGUGA